AUGUUAGCGUUAGUCUACACGAGUCGGAAGGAUAUGGUCUGGUAUCGCACGACGGUUUUCCAUCCGGUGAACCCAUGCAAAAACUCCUCGUCUGCGUUGGUGCCCGCGAUCAAGUAUAAAUACGAGAAACCCGCAUUGAAACUGUUUGAUUUCAACCGCAGGCUGGAACGUGGUAAAGAAGUGUUUUAUGCUAUCAGUACGCAGCGGACCGAAGAGGCCAGUGCCACAAUGGCAGCAUUGCCGGGCAAUCACGCAGUAUGA